AAUACUCAUUUGUCUGAAUAUAUGCCUGUGUAUCAACCUAAAAGCUACUUCUGUUAAACGAAGAAAUCUAAGGAUAGAUCUGCUAGACUGUAAUGAAAAAACAUGGCGCUGAUCUAGCGCAGCAAAAGUAGGAGUGGGAAGAUGACGUGGAAUCUAACGGCGAUGAUGUGCUUGAUAUGGGCUUUGACUCUUCUCUACGGCGAGAUGUUCGCAUUUUGGGUUCCUUCUGUUUUCACUUGUUCCUGGCCCCAUCUUUCUUCCAAGAUAAAGAGAAUAGAGUAUCCAGAUGAUUUUGUGAAAGUGGCAGUUCUGGCUGAUCCUCAGCUCAUGGAUAGAACAUCCCUUAGUGUUGCUCCGAAAUCGCUAGCUCUUGAGAUUGCACAAUUCUAUACAGAUGUAUACAUGCGCAGAGCAUUUCUAGCAUCCGUCCUGCCAUUUGAACCUGAUGUAAUUUUGUUUCUUGGAGAUUAUUUUGAUGGAGGUCCUUAUCUCUCUGAUGAAGAGUGGCAAGAAUCUUUAAGUCGGCUCAGACAUAUUUUUGAUCUGGAUACACUUGACAGUGUUAAGCACAUCAAAGUUUACCAUUUGCCCGGAAACCAUGACGUUGGCUACUCUGCUCUCCAUUCUCAUAUGCCACAGGUUUUCAGCCGAUAUGAAAAUGUGUUUGGUACAAGAAAUUAUCAAUUUAAAGUUGGAGGACUUGAUUUUAUUGCCAUUGAUGCCCAGACGUUGGAUGGCCAUCCACAACGGGACUCGACUUCUGCUACGUGGAAGUUUGUAAAAAAUGUCUCGAUGGAUUCUAGCUCGGUGCCAAGAGUUUUGUUGAGUCACAUCCCACUGUAUCGGAGUAGUGAUACAUCUUGUGGUCCAUACCGUUCUUCCAACAUUAUUAACCAGAGAGUCCGCCGUGAUGACCUUGGUGAAGAUAUAUUGUAUCAAAAUUAUAUAAGUGAAGAAAAAACAGAGAGCUUACUGGAUUCUGUCAGACCUGUAUUUGUACUUUCUGGUCAUGACCACGAUCAGUGUACAGUUACUCACACGUCCAAGUAUGGACCAGUAACGGAACAAACUCUAGGUACAAUAAGCUGGCAGCAGGGAAACUUGUAUCCAUCUUUUAUGCUAUUAUCUGCAUGGAAUCAUUCAUUCCCUAAUGCAACAAUUGGAAAAGAUGCAGUUUUAACUCAUCUGUGCUUUCUUCCUUUACAAACACACAUUUACAUAUGGUAUCUGUGUCAGUUUGUUCUUACCCUACUCCUUGCCCUGUUUUGGCCAACAAGUGGUGUAUCUAUCUUAGGACAUGUUGAUUUCACAGGCUACAUUAGAAGUGUAAUUAGUUGCAACAUAUUUAAAGGUUCCAAAGAGAAAGUUGAUGAAGAAAAUUGCGAGUACGAUAUGGUUUGGGAUGCAGAGGGUUCAAUGCAUCUUGUCAAGAGAAUGAUAAAGGCUGCUGUUUCAUCAAAUGAAAACGGUGCAACAGAAAGGGGAAAUGCUGUGAUGAGGUCAGCAGCCAAAAAACAGUUGAUGCAGGAUACAGAUGUCCUGAUGCCUUCAGAUGUGAGUGUACAUGUACCAACAGAUACAUCAACCAAGAUAGCACCUAGAAUAAACAAGUCAAAGGCUAAUAUGGCGAUCAGGAGAAUAAUUAGAACCAUCCGAGUGAUCACAGUAGUAGCUGCAGUUAACCUACCUAUCUACAUGAUAUUGCUGUUCAAGGACUGGAUUGACAAAUAAUACCAACACAAGCAACCCAUAUAUCGCAGUAGCAGUCGCAGUUCUCUGGUCCUAGGUGUGAGCUAUAAGUUGCAACCAUAUUCUUGUACAAGGGAUUCACGUGCAGUCCAAUUGUUCAUUGAAGAGUGUGAGCUAUAUAUUGCAGCCAGUGGCCGGUCCCUACUAUAUGUUUUUAAAGUUCUCUCAUGUAUUCCACGUUCUUUUUCAUGACUAUGUUGUGAAUAUGAUCAUUUUACUCUUGAAGUGGAUUUGCACACA